AUGGGGAAUGCCUCGUGCUGCAAGUCGGAGACGUCACCAGGUGUGGAGGCUUCGGUGGAUGCCAAGCCCGCCCUUGACAGCUCCUUGAGCGCUCUGCCCACGGUGGCCGGCGGGAAGACUGACAAGGAGAGGAUCUACAGCAUCAAGCUUGUGAAGUCCGGCGGCCUGAAACUUGGCUUGGACGUCGACUACAUGGCGGAGCGCUCUGUCUUGCCCAUCAUGUCAGUGACUGGCGGGGUUGCAGAGAAGUGGAACGAAGACAACUCCGACAUGCAGAUCCGCAAGGGGGACAGCAUCAUCGAGGUGAACGGCACCACCGGGGACGUCGCGCAGAUGCUCGACAAGUGCAAGACGGACGUGGAGCUGGACCUGACCUUGUGCCGCUGCCUGAACUACGACGACCUGGUGGCUGACCUUGAGAAGCUGAUCUCGGCCAAGAGCUGUGGACCAAUCAUGGUCCGCCUUUCCUGGCAUGAUGCCGGCGUCUUCAACGGCGCAGACGGCUGCCCAAAUGCGGCAAUGCGAUUGGCCGGCAGUGGUGAAAACUCGAUGGCAGCGAAUGCUGGGCUGCCACAGGUUGCACUUGCACUUCUCGGCCCAAUCGCAGAGAAGUAUGUCCCGCGACUCAUUUCUCAUGCUGACCUUUGGGCCUUGGCUGCCAACGUGUCCAUCAAGGCCAUGGGAGGACCCGAGAUUCCCACUCGCUUCGGCCGGCUCGAUGUGCACCAUGCUUCAGACGGAGUCUCAUCGGCUGAGGGACGCCUUCCGGAUGGGGACAAGGAUGCGAAGCACAUCAAAGAUAUCUUUGCUCCCAAGGGCUUCGAGGAGCGUGACAUGGUUGCCCUUUCGGGUGCACACACGGUCGGGAUGUGCCAUGGUGAUCGCUCGGGCUUUGAGGGCCCGUGGACGGAUGACAAGCUCCUUUUCGACAACUCCUACUUUAAGGACUUGCUUCAGAAGUCGUGGACAAAGGAGACGAACCGGAAUGGCAAGCCACAGUACAGGUCCGGUGAGACGAUGAUGCUCACCACAGAUAUGGCGCUGCUGGAAGACCCAGCCUUCAAGCAGCACGUGGAGCGCUACGCCGCCGACCAGAAAGCGUGGUUUGACGACUUCGCCAAGGCUUGGGUCCGCCUCUUGGAAGUGGGUGGAAAGAGUUUGGAAAAUGAGAAACUGUCCAUCAAGACUCGGGCUUUGCUGCGCAGAGUGCAGGAGCGCGAGGCAAAGCGAGCAGAGGUCACGGCCUCCGAGCCAUCACGGAGCAUUUUCGGGAGGAUCAUACACCCUGCCAAGGAGGCCCCAGCCUCUUCGCCGAGCGUCAAGGCGCGCUCUGAGAGCCCAGGAGGCGCCCGCAACACCAGAAGCGCCAGGCCUCCGGCCCCUGCCCAGCGCGUCUGCAGGGAGGAAAACUUUGGCCUGAUCUUCGACAGGCAGCAACACGUGGAACUGGAGGUCUGCACAGUCUUGCGCGAGCUGCGCAACAUCCAAGGCCUCCGCCUCGUGCAGUGCAACCUUACAGACCGCUGGCUUGCUCAACUGGGCCAUAGUGGGACGAGUGCUAAGUGGAGCGCCGUCCGGCUCCUGGACCUGAGGUGCAAUGACCUCACUGCAGCCAGUGCCCCCGCCAUCGCCAGUGUGAUCUCGGGCGGGCUGCAGGCCCUGCUUCUGGAUGGCAAUCAACUGCAGACAGAGGGCUUCCAGGUGCUGUGCAAUGCGAUGAAGACUGCAGGGCAGAAGUGUGCCUUGAGCACUGGGGACUGCCACGACCGCGUCGCGGCUUCUGUGUUUGCAGCACUUGCGGGCCCACAACAUCAGGACAGGCAGCCGCCCAGCGGAGCUCUUCACGAGCGCGUUGACGAGGCGCCGCCCGCUGCCGGCGCGGACUUCCAAGGCCGUGGAGACAAGCGCUGCAAGCGAGGGGAUGGCGCCGGCCCGCACCUGCAGCCGUGGCACACCUCGGCACAUCUCCGCGGCAUCAACACAGAAGCCUUGCCAGCAGCGAAGUGGGAGCGGAAGCUCACUGAGGCGGAGUCCAAGGCUCCGGAGCACUUCGCCGGGUCAGGGCGAAAGGUCAGCUUCGUGACCUGGCGGACGCAGAUCGCCUUCUGGGAGAGUAGCUCCGACUCUGAGGGGGAGGCAGGAGAAGCAUCUCCACUCAACGCGCCAGCGGAAAGGAGCGUCAAGAUAGUGGAUGGCGUCGAGACUGACCCUGCGGCCACCAAGGUUCUAGAGUUAGACGACGAGUUGAGUGAUGAAUCCGCCGCUGCUGCAGCUGCUGCAAGAGCCGCCUUUGCAAACAACCCCUGGGACCCCCUGGAUGUGGGGGCGACCCCUAACACGGCUCCUCGCAGAUGUACUGACAAGUUCUGGCUCGUCAUCUAUCUUGUCUAUAGUUGCGUGAUCGUGCGCAUCGCCUGGUAUGUGUUCCCCCUGCGUGAUCCCGCCUCGCUGAUGAAGCUGGCAGACUGGCAAGGCGACCACUGCGGUCUUGGCGCGAAUGAGGAUCGGGAAUUGCUUUUCUUCUGCCUGCAUGAUGCAGACCCCACGCGGCAUAGCCUGAACAUGUUAUAUCCGAUCUGCGUUCCUGAAUGUCCCACGGAAGAGUUUAAGGAUCUGUAUGAGUGUCCGAGAAACUUGGCGACCGAACCCUUCACCACUACAACCACUACAACUACCGGUAUCAGUACAUCAAGAAUGGCAAGCCCAGGGAACCCGGCAUAUCCACCGCCACCGCCUAAUCCAUACGAUCCAUACUGGAAGCCAAUCCAGGAUGCUGAAAGGGGAGGGCUGUACGACCAGCCCGGCUGGUAUCCACGCAGCCCGUACGGCAAUCCAUAUGACCCAUACGAUGGCUACUGGCCAGACAGUCCAUACAGACCCAGAGAUUACCCAGCACCUCUGACCGACGAACCAGGCCGCCCUACACAAAGCGGACCAGCACAACCAGCACAACCAGCACAACCAGCACAACCAGCACAACCAGCCCAACCAGCCCAACCAGCACAACCAGCACAACCACCGCAACCGCCGCAAGCAAGACGGCUCAUGGAGACUCCAAGCGACUCCUUAGUGCCGAACAUGGGCGAGGAGAACAUCGUGCUCAGAGACUGGAGAGGAAACUUCACCUUGAUCGAGGUCAGUGGCUAUCCAUCGCAUGCCUUCGUGGGAAUGGUAUGCAUGCCCUGGGAGGGGAAGUUGGCAGAGCAGGCUGAAGAGUUUAUCCAGAGGUCUCCGCUGGUACGGUACUUUGCCACAGUAAUCAACGCAUACCAGCCACUGAUAGUGGCCGCAAGUUCAGGUAUCGUCAUGAGCUACGUCUACAUCACUCUGCUGCGCUUCAGGGCAAGCGUCCUCGUGCGAGGAGGCCUAGCCACUCUCAUCCUCGGUCCACUGUGCUUGGGCUCGUACUUUAUCUGGUGUUGGAGAAAGGGGGAGUGUCCCAUGAGCACUGGAGACAAGCUGGGUGAUGGUGCAACAGGUUUCGGCUUCUUGCUUGUCGGGCUUACCUUCUUGGCUGUGUCCUGCAACCUGGAGCACAAUGUGGAGAUGGCCAUCAGCUGCAUCGAGUGGUCCUGCAAGGCAGUUCUGGAGACGCCCUCCUUGAAGCUCGAGCCGGUCCUGGCCCUGUCAUGCCGUGGCCUUGUGGAUGCAGCCAGCCUCCUCGUCCUUGCCUGGAUCCUCACAUCUGAGAUCGACGACGACCCAGCCCGCAAGCAGAGAUACCAGACCCUCCUCCCACCUCAGAGCGAGCUGCAGCUUGGCAUGGCAGCCAUGGUGGCCUUCUGGUGCUUGUGGACCAACUGGAUCAUCACGGCAAUUUCAGACUUCGUUAUCAUGUACACCACCGAGCAGUGGUUCUUCAAUGGAGGCAUGGAGGGGCGCGGUCACGCGGAGUGCUGCUCCAUCCUGAGGGCAUACUUUGUUUGCAUCAGAUAUCACUUUGGGAGCAUGGUCUUGGGCGGCGCCACCGUCGGCCUAGUGCAACCGAUUCGGCUAACACUGGGGUUCGUCCAUUCCGUUGUGGAGAUGGAGAGUAACAGCAUCGUGGGCUUGCUGAGCUGCUGCUGCACCUGCGUCUCAGAGCUCUACACCGGGUAUCUGGAGCCCCUGAGCCGCAAUGCUUACAUGGACUUGGCGCUCAACGCACGGGACUUCUGGAACUCAGCUUCGCACUCCUUGGACGUGAACGCCUUUCAGGCGGAUACGAUCCACAUUCUCAAUGGCGCCACGUGGCUCUUCCAAGUUGCAGGCACCUUCGGUUUGCCAGAGUUCCAUGCGGCUUUCGUAGUGGACAAGGUUGACUUGCACUGCCAAAAUCCGCAUCUGUAA